GCCUAUAUCCAUCUCUCGGUCUUCUACGGGGAUUGAGCAACCAAUCAACUAAGCAGUCGAACAGUUAAUCACUUGGCCAGUUGAUGCCCGCUCCGUGACAUGUCCAAGCACCCUGCUUUGCCCAAAAGUACAAUAAAGAUGCUACAUUUCAAUCGAUGCGCACGCACACAGCUACAAAACAUGUAGGUUUUUAAAUGAGCAAGGUUUGUCACUGACUGCAACAAGCACAAAGGAUACAGCGCUGCAGAAAUGGUCAAUGGUGACUGCGUGUUGCUUUCUUACCCUCGUUGCAUUGCCACCACUCGUCGUCCUCUUUAUCGCCUGCUCACUUCAACCUAACCAUUCGACAGUCUUGCCGAGAACAACUUAUCAAAAGCACCAGAGCAAACUGUCAAGCACAGCACGCAGCUGCAGAACAACGCAUACGAAAUCACUCUCACGCCAUGGACGCCAUCAACGCACGCAAGAACUUUGAAUUCAUCAACAACAUCAGGUCUGUCAACCCAGAGACGGACCAGAUCUAUCACUUCAACGAGGCCGAGCAGAAGCGUAUACUCAACGAGUCCCCAUGGAAGAAAGACCCACACUACUUCACGGAUGUCAAAAUUUCGGCAGUCGCCCUGAUCAAAAUGGUGAUGCAUGCCCGGUCUGGAGGCAGCAUUGAGGUCAUGGGUAUGAUGCAAGGCAAAGUUCAAGGGAACACCAUUAUUAUCAUGGAUGCAUUUGCCUUGCCUGUCGAGGGAACAGAGACCAGAGUCAAUGCCCAGUCGGAGGGUUAUGAGUACAUGGUCCAGUAUAUCACCAAGAUUAAGGAGGUUGGUCGACUAGAGAACGCGAUCGGCUGGUACCACUCGCAUCCAGGAUACGGAUGCUGGCUGUCCGGUAUUGACGUUGGCACACAGAUGGAAAACCAAAAGUUCCAGGAUCCCUGGAUUGCCGUUGUAAUUGAUCCCAACAGAACUAUCUCGGCAGGCAAGGUGGAAAUAGGAGCUUUCCGCACCUACCCAGAGGGAUACAAAGCGCCCGAUGAGGGUCCAUCAGAGUACCAGACCAUUCCGCUGAAUAAGAUUGAGGAUUUCGGUGUGCACUGCAAGCAGUACUACCCUCUGGAAAUUUCACACUUUAAAUCGACAUUGGAUACCCAGCUUCUGGAUCAGCUCUGGAACAAGUACUGGGUCAACACACUCUCGCAGUCGCCCUUGCUUUCUAAUCGAGAAUACGCUGCGCGGCAAAUGGCUGAUCUAGCAGAGAAGCUUCAGAUGACUGCAACAAUGGCGUCGCGCGCUGGACCUGGUGGGUUUGGACCGAUGGCAGGACAGUUUUCAAAAGACAAGAAGAAGAAACAAGAGGAGAGCCAGUUGAGCAAGAUUACCCGCGACAGCAAUAAGAUCUCGGUUGAGGCUACGCAUGGUCUGAUCUCGCAGGUGCUCAAGAAUGUGUUGUUCACGGCCAACCCAUACCAGAAGGACAAUAGCAGCGCUCUAGGGGGACAUUCGCAGGAUCCAGAUACCAUGCUGUCUCCCGCUCCUGGCCCCGCGCAGUAGAGUGUAUGGUGUUGUUUGCUGGAGGCAAUGUCAUUGUCCGUUAUAGGGAACGUCCCAGCAUAUUGACAAUCGUUUCUCAGUGGGCGUAUUUUGCGGACCCGAAUAAAAUGAUGUGGGCGUUCAAAGUUC